CUUAGGGCGAGCGGCAUCAGAAAGGCGCAGCCGCCAAUAGUCCACGUUGUGACUCAUCCAGACAGCUGCAGGGACAACUGGAACGGAAAUUAUGGGGGAACAACGCCUGGCACGGGCCGCCUUCCUCUGGGGUCUUAGUGGGAUCUACCUGUUUGCCUUCCUCUCCCUGUAUACACAGAUACCAGGUAUAUAAUCCUCCCAGCACUAUAUAUACAUACAUACAUACAUGCUGCAGUGUCAAUCAGUGUGCCUUCACAAAACGUAUGCCAGCUAUAGUCUCUUACAUGUGCUUCCUUAGUUUAGAUAGAACACAUAUCCUACCUAGAAUGGUCAUUACACUGUGGGUACAAAUGUAUCCAACUUCUGUGUUCCAUGGAUAUGACACGUGUACCUUCAGUCCACACGCACAGCUGGUCGACCCUCUGCUCCAGGCAGAAAUCAGUUAGCAUCGCCCUUUAUCAAAGAAGAAGUGCACAAUUCUAUGACUUCUAAAAUUCUGGGAAUGGAAUGCUUAAAAAACUUGUAAGAUAUAAUUGGAUGCAUGCCCUCGAACUCCAGCUUGCUAAUGCACUUCACACACAUCGAAUGCAAACAUUUCAGUCAAUACUGAGUGAUAGGUAUAUUGUUAGUAAAGUGAGGCAUAGAGUAUAAAAACAAUGAAUCUCCUACGUGAUUGUGUAGUGUGGAGAAGAAUCCUGCUUACUUAUAGCUUCCAGCCAUUCACAUAGCUAUGUCAAGCCCAAACAAUUUGAACAGCAAUGUCUGAAGACUGCAAACUCUAUAAACAGAAAAAUGUGCACCUUUAAAGAAAAAGCGAGGGAGACCUGUAAGGAGAAUUGAGAUGUAUCGUUAAGGAAAGGGCUGAAAGGUUGAAUACAAUCUAUAAAUGAUAGAAUAUAAGCAGAGGGUACACAUGCAAAAUAAAUAGCAAUAUGAGAAUGUUUUACUUUCCCUCCCCAUAGUCUUUAGACUAGGGAUUCUUAAACUUUUUUUUUAAUGGACACGUAUAAAUCAUUCAUUCCGUCAAGCUAUUCUUCAAAUGGAAAUUUAACUCUGUGACCCAUUUUUAAAAAAAAGUAUUCCUGGAUUGGGGAUAGCAGUGUAACUGUAAGUUGUUUAUUGUGGUCAGUUCCCUGAGGCCUAAUGAAUAUUAUGUCAGUUCUUACCAAUGUGUCCUACUGAUAUGACACAGGUACCCACUGGUUAAAGGGAUGCUACAGGCAUCUAAACAACUUUAGCUUAAUAAAGCAGUUUGGGUAUAGAGAGCAAAGCUGCCCAAAAGUUAGAUCCCCAGAUGUUGUAAAACUACAAAUCCAUUGAUUUUUGGCAUUCCUUUAGAAUGACAAAGCAUCAUGGAAGCUGUAGUUUUAAAACAACUGGGGAUCUACCUUUUGGACACCCCUGAUACAGAACAUGCCCCAGCAGUCUCAUUGCUAUUUGGGAGGGGGAAUGGUUUGAUUUUCAAUCAGAUCUUAACUUGCUUUAGAUGUUUGUAUCGCCUGCUUUGUAAAUUGGCCAUUAACCCCUUAAGGACCAAACUUCUGUAAUAAAAGGGAAUCAUGACAUGUCACACAUGUCAUGUGUCCUUAAGGGGUUAAUCACACACAGAAAGCUCCUGCAUGGUCUAGAAGCCUCUUAUCAGAGCAGGCGACAAGAAAUUUUAACUUAGACUGUGCAAUAAAGCAAGUUUAAACAUUAGAUCUCACUUUACAGAAUGUGUGGAAGGAGACCGUGUAUGUCACAGCCAGGGUAGAUGUGGCUAGGGCUGUAUAAACAGUGAUUUAAUCCAUGGGAUUACAGGGGCAUGAUAAAUACACCAAACCUGCUUCAAUUAAGAUAAAGGUGUUUUAGUGCCUAGAGUGUCCCUUUAAGAACCACACCAUAGAAAUAUACACAACGGAUACAAAUUUAGUAUAAAAACUAAGUGCUCUGUGCAAAAAGGCACUUAUAUAAAAUAAUGUGUAAAUAAACAAACAGCUACCACACAAGUGUAUCUCUCCAACUUGACACACUAUCAUGCAAAAAAAUAAUAAACUUACUGAGUGGCAAAAGCCAAAACCAGUAAAUACAGAUGAGCGCUAGAAAGAGCCCUUACUCUUGUAUAUGAAGGGUUGUGUGAUGUUAAAGUGCUAAAUAAAAGUGCUUUGUGUGUUAUCAAAGUAAACACACAGAUUACCAGCUGUAUACAUGGAAAAGUUUCUGACCUCUUCUGUCGUGGUUGGCUCCUCCCCACAGGACUCUAUGGCCGAGAGGGAAUCUUGCCAGCCUGGAAGAUGUUACGUUUUUCUGGUAAAGGCUUAUUGGAGCAGUUAAAGGAUGCACCCACCCUUCUCUGGCUGGGCCCUUAUGUGGGGCUUGACACAGAACAAGGCAUGGAACUUAUCUGCUUGCUGGGAGCUCUCUUGUCACUGGGGGCACUGCUAUUCCGCUGCUUUCGGGAUAGCCUAGUUUUUCUCUUGCUGUGGAUCCUGUAUCUGUCCUUGUAUCAGGUAAAUGUACAACUGUUUUAAGUGAGCCUCUUUAGAUACGAUUAAAUAUACAAAUAUAGCUUCUCUAUAUUUUCCUAUAGAAUAGUGAUUAUUAUUAUUAAAUGCACAUUCUAGGGCUGUACAUAUUAUAUACUAACAACUAACAUAGUUAGAUACAAAACAAUGCCAUACUUUGGCUUACUGCUUGUGAUUCUUCUCUUUUAAUUUAUUAAACAUAUGUUCUUUACAAUAUACACGUUGCAUUUUCCACCUUCAAGUGGUGAAAGCCAACUUGUGAUAAUGUAAUGCUAACUACUAGAAUAAUCCAGUAAAAAGGUCAUUUAAAGUAAUACUAUAGGGUCAGGAACACAAACUCGUAUUUCUGACCCUAUAGUGUUUACGCCACCAUUUAACUUGCCUGCAUCCCCUUCCCCCCCUUAGAAAAGGUGGAAACUUUUCUUAGCACCGCGUGGGUCCGCUGACACUGGCCCCGCCCCCUUGGUGAUAUUAUCAUAAUUACUGAUUUUUAACCAACCCAAUCCCAUAGAGAAAGCAUUUGAUUGGCUGAACUAGGCAUGGGGGAGGGGCAAACUCUGUUUUGGCCAAUCAGCACUUCGUCUUAGAGAUGCAUUGAAUCAAUGCAUCUCUAUGAGGAAAAUUCAGCGUCUUCAUGGAGUCGCUGAAUGGCAGUGCUGCCUACCAUGCAGCACUUCCCCCAGAAGCACCUCCAGUGGCCAUCUGAGGAGUGUCCACUUGGAGGUGUCACUAGGGGGAAUGUAAACACUGCAAAAAAAAAAAUCUUUGAAAAUGCCUAAUACUCACCAGAACAACUACAUUAAGCUGUAGUUGUUCUGGUGACUAUAGUGUCCCUUUAAUCACUUGCAUUUAAAGUCAGAGCAACACAAUUUGAGGGGACAGAGCCAGAGUAAACAUGUUUUGUUCUCACCAAAGAAACACAGUGAAUUAAUAACUGAGUUUAGAUCAGCUAUUGGGGUGGAAGAGCCUCUAGAGCAGGCACAGACAACUUUUGGCACUUCAGAUGUUUUGGAUUACACCUCCCAUGAUGCUUUCCCAGCAUUAUGGGGGAUGUAGUCCACAACAUUUGGAGUGGCGAAGGUUGCCUAUCCAUGUGAGUCUAGAGGCUCGAAGACAGUCACUGGAGGCAGGUUAACCCUGCAAUAAUUAAACAUUGGAUUUCCUGCAGAACGGCAAUGUUUUCAGUUGCAGGGCUAAAAACUACGGGGACAUGCACGCAGACCAUUUAAUUGAAGUGGUAUGGGUGCCUACAGAGUCAAUUAAACUCCUCUUUGCUGUCCCCCAUUUCGAUCAUCUGGCAUAGCGUGUUCAUACUGCACAAGUCUCUUGCUUUUGAGCCCUGGUAAAAUAACUGGCACCUAGAGAGAUAACUGCGCACACAUGUGUUCAGUAAACCAUGUGCAGGAUUGUGACUAGGUUUCUAGUAGGUCCAACAUGGCUAUCAUCUUGCUGUGCAGUUUGCAGUUCCACUCAACAGCAUGAUUUAUCCAAUAUGCCUCCACUAAACAGAGGUUUAGGGAUUAGGAUAAAAAAAAAAAGAAACAGACAAAAGGAGAGGCUUCUGACUGGUAGGACCUCUUCAUGGUGUAGGCAGAGUAAAUCUGUUGCAUCUACUUGCAUAGUAUAAGCAGAAUACAAGGAAAUUUGAAUGUAAGUAUUUUUUAUUUUAUUUUGUUCUUUAAAACGUUAUACUAGGGAAGGGGUUAGGGCUAAAAGUUAUUUUAGCGGCAUCAUCAGAACCUACAGCUACCCAUGUAACCAGUUCUCUCAAUGGCACCUGCAAGGAAUCCAUUUUCUCUCAUAUAUUCCCAGAAAUGACAAAUAUGCUUGCACAGGCACUUUACUCUAUGUGAUUGUGUGAAUUUAGAACUGGUAGAGAUUAAAUAUUUUUAAAUCUUUAAUUUGCAUGACAGACUAAAUUUGUUUUUCAUUUGCAUGCCAUCAUCUUGUUGAUGUCCCUUUAAUUGUAUGAUUAACAUGCUGUGAAACAUAAAAGAACUGUCAACUAAAAAAAACAUAAUAAACAUUGGUUCCAUCAAUGAAAACUAUUUUGGAAUGUUCCUAAAAUAGCACAGUGUAUUGACUAAUAUACAUUCUCUAUAAUAUAUGGCUUAGUAUACCAGUCUUCUGUACUGCUCUGAUGUAGUGGAUUUGUCCAGAGGGAAUCAGAGUUGACCCCAUUAAAAUUCUGAGGCAACAAAGAGACCUGUCUGCUGGCUCACACUAAACAAUUCACUGACCCCAGAAAUUUUUUUUAGAAAUAAAUUUGAUUUACCUUUACAUCAACAUUAAAUAAAUGGAGACAGCAAUUGUUUUAUUAUUUUUUUGUUUUGUUUCUGAACUGCUUUUUGUAUUUGCAGGUUGGGCAGGUCUUUCUCUAUUUCCAGUGGUAAGUACAUUUAAAUUCCAUUCCAAGACUGAUCUAACCUUAAGUGUGAAUGGAUGUAUAGGAGUGUGUGGUUCAUGAAAGGGCAGUAUGAGUCUCCAGUUAACCAGAUGGACAAUGUCACGAGGCAAUAUUAACAUAUAUUGUAUCACAGGGACAGCCUUCUGCUAGAGGUCGGGUUCCUGGCUGUUCUGGUCGCCCCUCUGCAUGUUCUUCGUGGAAAGACGUCUGUUUGGAGCACUCAUGACGGUAUAACAUUCUGGCUGAUUCGAUGGCUGCUUUUCAGACUCAUGUUUGCAUCAGGAGUUGUUAAACUGACCAGCCGAUGUCCAACAUGGUGGGGGCUCACAGGUAAGACCAGUCAUUAAUGAACGAGUGCUUCAAUUGACAGGACAGGGAAAUCAAUCAAAUUGUGUUUUGAAGAUCCAUAAUAUGAAUUAUCUCUUAAUUUAAAGUUUCUGUAUUUAGGGAAAUUUUUAAAAAAAUAUAUGGAAACCCCUUCCGUUCUAGUAAGCUAAUUAUUAAAAAGUAUUGGUUGACGUGUUUCUUUCUUGCACAAAAGAGAACAUUUAAAGGGACACUCCAAGCACCCAGACCACUUCUGCCCAUUGGAGUGGACUGGGUGCCAACUCCCACUACCCUUAACCCUGCAACUGUAAUUAUUGCAGUUUUCAUGAACUGCAAUAAUUACCUUGCAGGGUUAACUCCUCCUCUAGUGGCUGUCUACUAGACAGCCACUAGAAGGCACUUCCGUGUCUAUAGCACAAGUUUUCUGUGCUAGAGCGUCGCUGGACGUCCUCGCGCUGUGUGAGGACCUCCAGCGUCGCUCAAUUCCCCAUAGGAAAGCAUUAAAAAUCAUUUUCAAUGCUUUCCUAUGGAGAGCUCUAAUGCGCAUCCGGAUUAGGUCUCCUCGGCCGGUGGGCGGGAUCAGUCUCGCCCACCAGCAUACGUAAGGAAGGGGAGGAGCGGCGGCGACCCGAAACCACCGCCGAGGGACAUCGGCGAGGGUCUCAAGUAAGUGAAUGAAGGGGUUUUCACCCCUUCAGCAACCGGGGAUGGGUGGUGGGAGGGAGAGGGGACCUGUUGUGCCAGGAAAACUCAUUGUUUUCCUGGCACUGGAGUGUCCCUUUAAGGCAUAAGGUAAAUUGUGUGAGCUAAUUGGCACCAAGAUACCAUAUUUGAUUAGAUGUUUGCUGUAACCUUUGUAUGAAUGCAUAUAAAAAAUAAAAAAAAACCUAACUCUUGCAUAAUGUGUUGCCUAAAACACCAUGUCCUACUUAUGCCACAUCAAAUAAUACUCCCUGUAAACAUUGUAUGUUGUGUUGACUGUCUGGUAACACCUGUUAACUAGUACAUAUUGCUCAAAUCCCUUUUAUUAGAAUUUUGUUUCUAAACUGAUUAUCUGUUAUAGCUUAGCACAGAAAUAUUAAGUUGUGUUCCAUGUUGACUGCUCCACUUGUAGAACUUUAACCUGCUUCUCUAACACUCCGUCUAUAUAAAAUAUCCGAUGGAGGUACUACAUAUGUUUAAGUGCACCCAAUGUUAAUGACAAAGUGCCAAAUAUUGUAACAUUACUCACUGCACAUACAUCCGUUUAGCCCUCUUCAAUGUGUUCUUCUGGAUAUACACAUCCCAUAGGUGGAAUUCUGGGGCUAAUUUCAUAUAAGUGUAAAUUAAUUGUAUGUGUGUGUAUAUGUGUGUGUGUAUGUGUAUAUAUAUAUAUAUAUAUAUAUAUAUAUAUAUAUAUAUAUUACACAUUGGCGCUUUUUUUAAUUAAAUUUUUUUCUAGAUUGAUACAUAGGUUAUAUGUUAUUACUUACCUAGUUUGGACCUUGUCAUUGACACAUUUUCUGGAUGACUCUUUGGGUCAUUAAUGUCUCCAAAUAUCUCACUAUAUUUGUCUGAGAUAUUUUGGUCAUUAUCUGCACUGCAAAUUAAUGUAAGUGUGCUGAGUUUGCCCUUUACUCAGAAUUCUUGUACCAUUGCAUAUCUAAUUGCUGCUCUUUCCAAAUGUGACGAUGAACUGUCUGGAGGUGCAUAUUCACUUCAUGAGCUCAUUGUUCUUUUUCUUCUGUGUUUUCACUUUUUUAUUUUAUCAGUAUCAAAGGGUGUAUGAAACUGAAACACCCUGAGAUCAAAAUGGCCAGUCUCCCCCCCUCCCUCUCAAAACAAUACAUAACACAUGCACAAGCUGCAUCUCAUUCAAUUUCAAAUAAAUCAGUUAAUAAGAAUAUAUAUAUUUUUUUAUUUUGUUUUAGCACAUUUUGUAAUGCAUUAAACAAAUGUAAGUUAUCAAGGAUAUAUAUUUUUUUUUUUUUCAAUUCUUUUUAUUUCAAAUUUUUCAACAUAUUGUACAAAAAGUAUUAAACAUACAUUGAGAUUCAUACACAUUACUACAAGGACAGAAAAAAAAAACACAAUAAAUACCCAUCCCCUCACGAGAGUUCUACUGACUUCCAACUUCUCUAUCUCUUUUCACAUGAUAUUAAAGUUACAAUUGUAAUAAUUUUUUUUCCCAGUUUUCCCAUAGGCUCAAAUUAUCAUCCAGAAACCUGCAUUGAUCCUUUUCCAUUUUAAGUUGGUAAAUCAGCUGAAUUGUUAUUGAUUUUAUAUUAAAAGGGAUAUCUCCCUUCCAAUUCCUUGCUAUUAUUAUUUUGCAGGCCAUUAAACAGUGAAUAAUUAAAAAUUGAUUUAUUUUAUUUAAUCUUGGCCAUUUAUAAUGUAACAACAUCAUUUCCGGUUUUAAAGACAUUUUAACACCGCAUAGCCUAUGGAUGACAAGCUGAGCCCACUGCCAUACAAGAAUCACUUGUUUACAAGACCACCACAUAUGAACAUAAUUUCCUUUUUCCUCUUUACAUUUCCAACACUUUGUGUCUCUAGAAACAUCAAAUUUCGCUGUUUUCGUUGGCGUCAUAUACCAUUGGUUAACAAGCUUAAAGUGAGUUUCUAUCAACACAAAGGAGUGGACAUAUUUAUUAAUUUUUUGUAGGGUAGAUAUCCAUUCAGAUAGUUCUAUGUUUAGUUUUAGUUCACUAUUCCAUUUUUUAAUAGCACUAGGCGGAUCAGAAUCAUCCAAUAAAUCUAACAUCCUAACACAUCUAGAGAAUAACUGCUUUGUCUUAUUCUGGUAUAAUAUUGAUUUUAAUAUAUCGUACAUCUUACCCUCUUUUACUAACUCAACUUUCUCCAAAUAAUGUUUCACUCUAAAAUAAGUAUAUACAUCUUUAACAGAGAUCUUAAACUCCUCUACCAGCAUUUUAUAAGUUUUAAUUUUAUCCUCUUUAAUCAGAUCUUUUAUAAUAUGUAUUCCUUUUUCUUUCCAUAGUUUUAAGGAGAUACUCUCCAUGUUUAAUUCUAAUAUUUCUAAUUUUUGAAAAUCGAAAAUUUUAUUAUCCAAAUCAAUUUUUUUCCUUAUUUUUUGCCAUAUUGGAGUAAUCUGUCCUAAAAUGUACGAUCUGGAUAAGUUGUAUUUUAUUGAACUCCAAAAUAAGUCUAAGGUAUCACUGUGUUGGCUAGAUUCUGAUUCUGACUGCCACCAGACUUCCUCUUUAUUUUGUUUUAUUUGACUAGCCAUUACAUGCAUAAUAAUUCCUGCUUCAUAAUAUUUUCUUAUGUUUGGAUAUCCUAGGCCUCCCUUCUUCAUUCCUCUUGCUAAUGUUCCAAUUUUAAUUCUGGGUUUUUUCCCUUGCCAUACAAAAUUAGAGAAGACCUUAUUGAUCAUUGUCAACCAUGCAUUCGGGAUUUCUAAUGGAAGCAUUCUGAACAUAUAAAUCCAUUUUGGCAAGACAUAUGAUUUUAGAAUAUUUAUUCUUCCUCCCCAAGAUACUUCUAAUUUUCUCCAUUCUUUCAGAUUCUUAUUAGUUUCUUUUAGAAGGUCCAUAAAAUUAAUUCGCAUGGUACUAUCUACCUUUCUACAAAUUUUAAUUCCUAAAUAUAAAAACACUUUAGCUUUAGUAAAGCCAUAUGUUUCUUGAUAGGAAUUUAUUUCUUGCUUUGAUAUAUAUAGCACUUGAUUUUGUUUUAUUUAAUUUAUAGUUUGAUACUACACUAUAUGUAUCAAUUUCUGACAUUGCAUUUAAUAAUGAUGUAGAGUUACUCAAAAAUAGAAUAGUAUCAUCAGCAUAUAGAGAUAUUUUCAAUUCUUUCUGUUUUGCUUUAAAUCCCUUAAUAUUUUCAUUAUUUCUAAUUCUGUUAGCUAAAACCUCUAAUGUUAAUAUAAACAAUAAGGGGGACAAAGGGCAGCCUUGUCUGGUCCCAUUACUCAAUUUAAACCAGUCGGAGCAAAUGCCCGGACCGAUUAUUCUCGCCGUUGGAUCUAUGUAUAGAGCCAAAAUUGCAUUAAGCAACCAUCCCUGUAUACCCACUUCUUCUAGGGUAAGCUUCAUAAAGUCCCAGCUGACCCUGUCAAAGGCUUUUUCAGCAUCUAAAGACAGGAUCAGCAUGGGACUUUCUUUCUUUUGUGAUAUAUCUAAUACGUCAAUCAAGCGUCUAAUAUUAUUACUUGACAUUCUGUCUGGAACGAAACCUGUUUGAUCAGGAUGGAUUAACUGUUUUAUAACUUCUUUUAAUCUGCUAGCUAUGAUAGAAGAAAAUAUCUUAAUAUCUACAUUUAUUAAUGAUAUUGGGCGAUAGCUUUGUACUUUAGUUGGAUCUUUCCCUGGUUUCAAAAUAGGUAAAAUAUUUGCUUUAAGCAUUUCAUCUGGGAAUCUGACCUUUUUAACAGCAGAAUUAAAAGUAUUUUUUAAAUGUAUUGUCAGAUGAGAUUUCAUUGUCUUAUAGAAUUUAUUUCCAAAUCCAUCCGGACCUGGCGUUUUAUAGGUUUCUAAUCUGUCUAUCAUGAUAUUGAUCUCUUCUUCCGUAAUCUCUUUAUUUAGUUUAUUUACCUGUGACUCUGUUAUUUUAUUCAAUUUUGCUGAUCUAAUAUAUUUUUUUAUUAUUUCUGAAGGAGUGAUAACUGAAAGACUAUAUAGAUUGGCAUAGUACUCAUUGAAUGCUUUCCCUAUCUGUUCUGGUAGAAGGGAGAUGUUGUCGUUAAAGAUUAUUUUAUCGACCUUAUUGGUCGUAUUUCUUUUUUUCAACAUAUUAGACAUUAUUUUAUCAGCUCUGUUAGAUUUAUGGUAAUAUUUAACUUUAAGUUUAUGCAUAUUUAUUUUAAUUUUUUCAUAAGUUUUUUCCUGAAUCUCAGAUUUAAUUUUCUCUAUUUUUAACUGAGUACCCUUAGUUGGAUUUUCGUAAUUUUUUUUGUUUAGUUUAUAUAAUUCAAUAUAAAGAUCUUGUAUAUUUGCACCUUUUUUUUUUUCUUUAAUUUAUUAAGCAUUAUGCAAUGUCCCCUUAUUACUGCUUUAUAUGAGCACCAUAGAAUGUCAUUCUCCACAAGUCCAUUAUUAUUUUCCUCAAAAUAACAAAUGGUCAUUUUAUCUAUAUAGUCUUUAUAUUCCUUAUUUGAUAAUAAUGAAUCGUCUAACCUCCAGGUUGUAGUUUCAUUACUCUUUGAUUUAUUACUGUUUAGUUCCAGACACACGCUAUUAUGAUCUGACCAUACUACUGGUUUAAUUUCUAUUUUAUAUGUUCUGUCUAUUAGUUUUAAAUCCCCAAAUAUAAGAUCUAUCCGCGAGUAUGAUUCAUGGGGCCAGGAGUAAAACGUAAAUUCUUUCGCUGCAGGAUUGUUGAGUCUCCAUAUGUCAAAUAGGCCUUCUCUUUUCAUCAAAUUAUUAAAAGUCCUUGCAUUUUUUAAAACUUGUUUGUCCCAAAUCAGAUGUUUUUCAGAGAACUUAUCUAAUAGGGGAUCUUGUAUACUAUUAAAGUCCCCUGCAUAUAUCUUUAUUCCUACACCUACUUUCUCAACCUUAUUAAUUACUUUUCUCAAUAGACAUAAGGGGUUUUUAUUAGGCAGAUAAAUAUUAAUUAAAGUGAAGAGUUCCUCGUUAAUUGUGGCUAUUAAAAUAAUAAAUCUUCCCUCCAAAUCUGUUUCCAUAAAUUUUAUAUUUGUUUUUAGAUCUUUUGCAAAAAAUAUUGCGACUCCUCCCUUUUUCCCCUCCUCUCUAGAGGAACAGAAUUUUAAAGGAUAAAAACUGCUGGUCCAUCUCUUUUCAUCCUGUUUACGCCAAUGUGUCUCUUGGACCAUAGCAAUUUGAACAUGUUCCUUUUUUAAAUAUUCUUGAAAAGCUUGUCUUUUUUGCGGAAUAUUUAGGCCUUGAAUAUUUAACGUUAUUAUUUUAACCAUUGUCAUAUAUUAUUUUCUUGUUUGGAUAGUCUAGUGAACUCUCUAAAACAAAAAAAAACAAAAACAAAAAAUAAACAAUUCACAUUACAAUACAUACACGAAACACCUUCAAGUAUACUAAGUACUUGUAGUCUGUUUCCUAUCAUUCCAUAGACCCUAAAAAGAGUCAAAAAACAUUUUUCUUGGUGGGUUUUAAUACCCACUUUUAACCGUUUUACAGGUUACGGCGAGGAAGACUAUUUCUCGUUUUGGAGGAGCCAAAUAUAUAUUAUCUUUAACGUUCCCUACUUCCUCUUUCUUCUGCUCUAUGAAGAGUUGUACUACCGCCCUUCUCUUCUCUUCCUCCUCUAAAGCGAGGAGAAAAAAGGAGGGGGAGACGAAGAGGAGAGAGAAAAAACAAACAAAUUUUUGUCUAUAUCACAUUCUUUGAUCCCUUUAUUUCAUUUAUUUUACUACUCUUAUCCAUUUAUAUAUAUCGUGAUAGCAAAGCGAAGGAGAGAGACGAAAAAAAAAAAAAAACCACACUUUACUUAAGUGCCCCUCUUUCCCUUUGUUCUUUUUUUCCAUUGUUAUAUACGUGUUCCUAUAAUUUGUUCUCAGAACAAUUAUUAAUUAUCAAUCCUCCUUCAUUCUAUUUCUUUCUAUUACCCAUAUUUUCCCCUUUUUCUUUCCUUACUUCUUCCUUUCUUCUAUAUUCUAUACAAUAUUUGUGUUUAUUAUUUAUAAUAAAAAACUUUCCCUUUUUCAUUCCCUCGUCUUGUGCCCACUUUAACUAUUUUGAUUUGUAUUCACCUUUUAUAUUUAUAAAGUGAAACCUUACCUUUCCUAUUAUCCCCUAUUGUUAUCAAAAGAGAAAAAAAAAAAAAUUUUUUUAUAUAUUUCUUCGUUUUUUUUUUCUACCAAAUUGUAUCUUUUUCAGUGCCAACUCUUAUAUCUACUUAAUUUACCAUUGUGCAGCAGUUAUUCUAUAUUUACCGCUUUCUCCUCAAAAAUUUAAUGUGAAAUACAUACUUCCAACUAGUUUCCUCAAGUGUUUCUUAUGAGUGAAUCACAUUACUACCAUAUACGUGUUUUCUAUUAACCUAUGGAUUCCCUCUCUAUAUACCUUCUCCUUCAUUGGUAACAAUUUCUUCGCUAUAUCUUCUACAUGUUGAUUCAAUGUCCUUUCUAUUGUUCUAAUUUUCUUUGGAUCAAUUUAUUUCUGCUUAUACUAUUAAAUCUUCAAACAACUUUUUCUUUUCUUUUCUCUCUCCUCCUUCAUCCGCCAUUAUUUUUUCCGCUUCUUCCUCUUCCCCCUCUUCUUCAUCCACUUAUAUAAAGUCAUUUCUCUUUCUUCCUUAACCAUUCUUCAAUCUGAGAUGGGGUCGUGAAUAUCUCACGUCUUCCGUCUGUAAUUAUCUUUAUUUUACUGGGGUAGAUCCAUGAAUAUUUUAUAUUUAGUCUUCUUAGUGAACCAGUAACCGUCAUAAAUUUCUUUCUUUGUUGUCUGGUGUAGAAAGAAAAAUCUUGAAAAAUCUUAAUAUCACCAAGCUUUUCUGUAUUAAACUGAUUUGUUCGAGCUGCAUAUAGUAUAGCUUCCUUAAAUUGAUGGGACUGCAAAUUAAUUAUUAUAUCUCUCAGUAGGUGUUGAGAAACCGAACUAGGUUUGCUUAAACGAUGGUAUUGUUCCAUUUUGGUAUUUAGAAUUGACACUUCUAUUUUGAGUGUUGCCCAUAAAGUAUCCAAAUACUCAGGUAUUUUAUCUUGUGUAAUUGCUUCUGGAACAUUUCUUAUUCUUAGGUUGUUUCUUCUUAAACGAUCUUCCAAAUCUCCUAGUUUUCCUUCUAUUUGUCUCAUUUGAUUAUACAGCUGCUCAUUUUGUUCUUUGUUUGCUCUGCUUUCGUAUUCCAAAGCUGUGAUUUUUUUCUUCACUUUGCUUUAGUUUUUCCAAUAUUUCCAGAAACUGUUUUUUUGUUUCUGCUGUGUUUUUAUUAAAUUCAGCAGUUUUUGCCACCAAUUGUUCUUCUAAACAGUGUUUUAGAAAAUCUGUUGUAAUAUAAUUUUCUGUUUGACUGGAAGGACUUUGAUUAAAAUCUUCACUUUUUGAUGAAUACAUAAUUGAGCUUUCAAGAUUUUUUUCUACAUUAGAUUUUUGUCCAGGUGAAAAGAAACUUGAGGGGUUUUUACUUUUUUCUGUUUGUUGAUCCUGCUUUGCUGCUUUCUUGAUGGCAGCUUUUCCUGAUGACUUGGUAGCCAUAUCUUUUUAUCUUUUUUUCUUCUUCCUCACUCCCCUUAUUUCUUCUCCUUUUCCUUUAAUAAGAAGUUAUUCAGUGUUCGCUUUUUCCUCUUUUUUUUAUCAAGGAUAUAUUGUACACAAAAAAGUCCUAAGCCACUAAUCAAGAAGGGACACUCCACUAUCCAAAAUAUGAAACUCAGUGCUUAAUAGAUAUAACCCCCAUAAAAACAUGUAUUUGAUUAUGCAUUUUUCAUUGGGACUAUAUCUAAAAACAGCUUGCAAAAGCGGCAGAUUGCUUGUCUGCCUUUUCAAGCCUGUCGGCAGCCUUUUCAAGCACUUUCUAACGCAGCCCAGACCUUCCAUGACUGUCCAAUCACAUAAUUCCCUAUGCAGCUGAAUGAGAAGUCUUUGCAAGUCAUGCACUCUGGGCAAUUGCCUGACUCUUGGGUUUAGUUCCUCUGAGUUAAACAAACCAGGAAUUAAUUGGACUGGUUGGCUGACAGCAAAGGGGUGUAACAAGAUUCAUUUCUAAAAGUGCCAAUUUCUAUUUAAAUCUGCAUUUUUUUGUAAAAUAAAAAAGGACACAUUUUUCAUACAUACAGCACUUCAGCAAGUGUUUUAGAGGUCUGGCAUGUCACUUUAAAUGUUAUCCGGCUCUGCAACUCUGAAGGGUCCAUGAUUUACAAGGGUAGAAUUUCUGCAAUCCUGGGCUAAUUUUUAAUUUGCCAAAUGCUAAUAGUGAGUGGAAGGUUUGAGCCCUGUUGUUAGAUCAUUACAUAUUAUUGCAUGCUAAUAUUCUAGACUUUCAAAUAUUGUGCAAUGUUAAAAUACACCCUUAAAUCAUUUCCCUUUAGCGUUAAUUAAUCUUUUGUGUGUUCUCUGUGUAUUUCUGACAUGUCUCAUAAUCUACAUUUUAUUCUACCCUGGGCACUUUGUAACAAUAGUUUUCAGGUGUGCCUAUACUUUUGUUUCUUGGUGCCAAUAUUUAGGCAUGUUCUCACUUGUACUGGUUACUGUUUUGUUUCUUCUCCGUGUAACCCAGGGUUCCAGUUUUAACAUAGCAAUUGCUGGUAUGCGUACCACUCUCUGUACCAUGGCACCCUGUCUGUUUCAUUCUUUCCACCUGUUGCAUUCACUGUGUCUGCUAAACUAUAGUUACUUGCUGAUCCGAGCACAAAAUGCUCGACCCUUGUUCUGGUGGUUCUUUUCCAAGUGCUAUCUUUAUGUCAAGAGUAAUUAUUAAAUAUUAAACACUGUGGCAACAGUCCAAAACAAAUUUAGCUGAUUUGUUCUACAAAGAGAUAAAUAUUCCAGGAAACAUUAAGAGGAUCAUUUUAUAGUAUUGCACACAAUCGGUGCAACAGUCCAAUCUUGACAAUCUGAACUUUUGAAAAGAAUCCAGUAAACCUUUUAUUCACAAACACUAACCAGUGAAAGAGAUAGUAAUAUCAGUAAUCAUAUAGCAGCAGUUUUUGAUAUAUCUGCUGUGUAUGCAGGCAACUCACUUGGCAUGAUGCAAAGUCCUCAAUUAAACGGUGCUCCUAAAUAACAGAUUUACUGUACAAGUAAUGUGAUCACACAUUUUAAAAGUCUGGUCUUAAUCAAUGCCAUUUGAAUGACACUUGCAAAGUUUCUCACUAUGCCUAUUUAGCAUCAAUAGGUUAAAAUGCCUCAAAUUAUGACCACCUGGGGAGCAGCAUCUUAACAAAAUACAGUAAUGUAGUUAAGUUUGUAAAUCAGAAGAAAUUUAGGCCUGGAAGUAAAAUGUGUUUUAAACAUGCCACUAAAAGUAAAAGAGAAGGAAAAAAGAGGGAGAACUGGAGCCAAUAGUUACAAUUUCAAAAACACACAAAGAACGAGUUAUAAUUUUAUUAUUGUUUUUCAUUUUGAAAUUUUUUGUGUUCAGUUUGUGAUAGAUCACUAGUCCAUAAAUUUAUGGACCUUUUUAUCCAUAACUUAGUAAAAGUUAAGUUUUAAAGAUUUUCUGUGAUUUCACCUAUACUAAUAUUCUAUUAUUCCCAAAUGUUAUGCUAUUGCAUCCUCCAACACUUUCUUUGUGUGUUGUUAAAAUGUGUUUUACCACACUAUGGAUGAGUGGACUUCUAAGAAUAUUACUACUGGUAAUGUGUGCACCGCUAGUGAACUUUUUGCGUGACACGCAAAGUACUACUGCGCCUAUUCGGACAAAUUCAUGUUCGUGGUAGAGGUUCUCUCGAGAUGAAGUGAUCAUCUUCCAUAUUUGUUUAGAAUUAAUUUGCUUUGGUAUUUUAAAGGACAACUGUCAAUAAAUGUUUACUUUUUUUUUUUUUUUUUUAAACUACUUUUAAUAAACAGACACUACUGUUUAAUGCACACAAACUUGUCUGCUGCUGUGACUGCUCUGUGUGAAUCCACAGCAGCCAGUCAGAUAACAGUAGUAUCUUACCAAACAUGGAUGCCCAUCCAGAUUUAAAAGAAAUAGUCCCCCUGGGCAUUGCCCCACCCCCUGGCAUUCUUCCACCAUAUUCCUACAUCAAUUGUUUUUUUUCUUCAAGUUUAUCAAACCUAUAUUAUUCGCAAUGUCACCAGAGGUAUUGUUUUUUUUUUUUUAAACGCCAUCAGUCGUUCCAUACUGUCCUGGUAAUAUGAUAUAUGGCUUGUCAAAAAUUAAGAAUUGGAAAAAAAAAAAACAUUUAACAAAAUUAUGACUUUGUUAACUAAUGUUUAAAAACAAAAAAAAAAUAAUUUGUCAGUUGUCCUUUAUUUGAAUUGUCCGUCACCAGGUUAUUAUUUUAUAAUCAAACUUAACAUUGUAAGUUAAUUUGAACCUUCCCUUCCUCUUGUCCACAUAAGUCAAAUACAUCCUGAGGAAUUUACUUGUAUGUCUCAUCUGUUUAUUGUACAGCAUUGCAGAUCAUGUUGGCUGUUUAUAAAUAUUAUAAAUUAGCUUUUGUGAAGUAGAACUGCAUCCUUUCAACAGUUGAUGGUUGUCCUUAAACUUAAUAUUUGACUUCUCAAUGGAUCUGCUUUUCUUAAUGUCCCCUUUUACUAGGCUUUGUUUGCUACUUUUCUCAAAUGUACCAUUCUUUAGAUGUUUUACUGCUGCUCUGAAUGUUUUCAAUAUAUUCCUGGUAUAUGUAUGUUUUAAAUAUGUUCACCUGUAAUCAAAUCUCUCCAUUAGCUCUAACAUACCAUUACGAGACCCAGUGUAUUCCAACUCCAGCCGCUUGGUAUGCUCACCAGUUUCCAGUUUGGUUCCAGAAGCUCUCGGUGGUGGCUACUUAUGUAAUCGAGAUUGGAGUCCCUUGGCUUUUCUUCUUUCCUUCUCGAAGGCUGCGCCUGUUCUCGUUUUACACCCAGGUAAGUGGGUUCAGCCAGGGGUUUGCAAUGAAAUAUAUAUAUAUAUAUAUAUAUAUAUAUAUAUAUAUAUAUAUAUAUAUAUAUAUAUAUAUAUGUGUGUAUGUAUGCAUGCCAUGAAGCUCCUUCAGCCAAGCUUACAUAAAUAUCCAGGAAGAAAGGCACACGCUGGACUUCUAUCAGGAAAAUUUGUUUUUAUUAAUCACACUGUGGUUUCAACAUAUCAACGUUUCAGUCCAUAUCAGGACAUAUAUAUAUAAAAUCAAAAACUGGAUGCACUCACAGGUCUUCAAAAUAGUGAAAAUGGUGCUUUAUUAAUCAAUAGGAUGCAUACAGAAAUCGAUCGACGUUUUGACCCUGCCGGGUCUCUUUGAAAAAGACCCGGCAGGGUCGAAACGUCGAUCGAUUUCUGUAUGCAUCCUAUUGAUUAAUAAAGCACCAUUUUCACUAUUUUGAAGACCUGUGAGUGCAUCCCGUUUUUGAUAUUUUAUACAUAUUAGACGAUUGUGGAUAUAGCACCCAGGCAAGAUUUUUCUUUCAUUAUUCAUUGGAAGGAGAGUGCCAAGCCUCUAUUUCUAUUAUAUAUAUAUAUAUAUAUAUAUAUAUAUAUAUAUAUAUAUAUAUAUAUAUAUAUAUAUAUAUAUAUAUAUAUAUAUAUAUAUAUAUAUAUCCUCAGGAGAUUGUCCUUUGAGGUGACAUGUUUUGUUUAAAGAGGCAGUAUAGUCACCAGAACUACUACAGCUUAAUAGUGAGUAUAAAAAACAAUAAUUGAUACUGCACUCAAAAUCAAGCAAAAAGAUGAUAUUUAAUCGAAGAUAGUGAAUCAAUUUCAUAUAUAUUUCAGAUAUGUACAAAAAAUGUGAAAAGAAGGGAUACUGUAAAUGACAAGUAUCCUAUGGCAACCAGUGUAAUAUCAUGUAAAAUACACGGUAUACCGUGUAUUUUACAUGAUAUUACACUGGUUGCCAUAGGAUACUUGUCAUUUACAGUAUCCCUUCUUUUCACAUUUUUUGUACAUAUCUGAAAUAUAUAUGAAAUUGAUUCACUAUCUUCGAUUAAAUAUCAUCUUUUUGCUUGAUUUUGAGUGCAGUAUCAAUUAUUGUUUUUUAUAUUAUUUGGAGGUUAAUGGGCCACCUUGAUUACUUGCACCGAAACGGAUAUGAGAGUGCCUGUACAUUCAUAAUUUUUUAAUUAAUAGUGAGUAUAGUCAGUCCCUGCAGGAAUUUUACUGUAAAUACUGUCUUUUCAUAGAAAAGGCAGUGUUUACAUUGAUCCCCUGGGACACCUCCAGUGGCCACUCCUCAAACAGCCACUAGAGGUGCUUCCAGUUCCGGCUCAUUUUUACUAUAUUGGGAGAGGGGGGCUAAAUAGUGUUUUUAACACUAAGGUCAGGAAUACACGUUUGUGUUCCUGAUACGGGAGUGUUCCUCUUACAUGUUUUAUGAGUGUGAGAUUACUUUGGUCACCUCAAGUUUUAAUAACAUUCUGCCUUGUGAGUUAUGUUUGGUACAGAGUUUAUCCUUUUGAAUACAGAACUGUAAAACUGCAAGCCUUCAUCACUCAUCAUUGUGUUCUCUGUCCCCUUCAGAUUCUUCUUCAAGUCCUCAUCAUCCUCACUGGGAACUACAACUUUUUUAACCUGCUGACAAUAGUGCUCUGCUUAUCUCUGUUAGAUGAUCAGCAUCUCACAUCCACCCAGCAGAGCAAAAAGUCUGCACUCAAAGGUGACACCAACAUCAUUUGUAUUCAUUCUUACAUGUCAUAUUCUCACUGCAGCCUUCAAUCAUUUCUAACAAUUUGCCUUUAUUCCAUUCCCCUUUAUCUCUUUAUCUUGCUGCUUUUCUCCCCCAGUUCACCCUCACUCAAUAACCAAUGCUAUCUCUGGUUUGCUUGUUAUCCCUUAAUUCCUCUUGAUCUCAUUUGCUCAAUUUCUUACUUAUGAAGUAAUUUGUUAAACUGUGAAUUGCAAGUUUUAAGCCAAAAUAUUUAAAUUUGGAAAAAUUAUCCAACACUGUCUUUUUUUACAUUGGACUUAAGCUUGCAAUUCUCUUGCCAGUUUGCCAUAAAUUCUUUAAGUUAAUAAACCUGUCAGUGUUGUGGCCAUAUUCAUGUUAUAGACAAUCUACUUUAAGCUGCAUCCCCUCUUCUCUUUGCCUGUAGGUCGCUCGUUCCUGUCCUACUUUGGUACUUUCCUGGAACUCUCAGUUUUUGGUCUGCUCAUUUUCUUGACCAUAAAAUAUUUUGACCUUCAGAUAAACUGGGACAAAUAUAUGGUGGAAUCUAAAACCGGUAAGUUACCCGAAAGACUUACCAGUGAAUAAUACAUAUUGACUUUAGACUGAUCUAAUUUUGAAAUGUCCAAAGUAGAAACUGUAUUGAAGGAAUCUUGUAUUUAUUGUUCAUGCCAUCCCUGACUUUACUGUGAAUGCAUCCUGCUAAAUUGUCUUUAUGUUCCUUUCAUUUGCUGUAGCAAACAGUCAUGGUUUAUUUUACCUUUUUUUUAUUUUUAUUUUUUUUAUAAAAUCCAUUGCAGAUAAGUCCCCCAAUUGUCACCAAGGGGUUGGAGACUUUCUGUUGCAGGGUGCUAUUAGGCUAACAAUCCAUGUCCUUUUAUGUGGUAAAAGCAGGGAGCUUAAUGUGUCUCAAACUAACACUGUCUAUCUCUGUUACAGCUUUCACUUAUCACGACUUCAUUCAGUGGCUCCGGACUUUCACCUUCCCCUCCAUUUGGAUAGGAGCAGCAUUUCUUGCUUGGGAAAUAGUUACUGGAAUGUGCAGGUCAGCCCUUACAUCACUCAGUGUCUUUAUUAACUAUUAUUAUUACUUAUAAAGCAACAACAAAUUCUGUAAAAAAGGGAACCCGUUUUGCGCUAAUUAAUCAAUUUGAAAGCAGCAAACCAAAAGAAGGGUAUCCCUCUAAACUCUUCAGGAGAUCAACAAAGAAAAAAAUGUCGGUGCCACAAAGGUACAGGCAUGACAAAAAAAAGUGCUGUUAUCAAUAAUAUUCAGUAGGUGUGGGUAAAUAAAAUAGUCCAAAGCAGUCUUAAAAAUAAUCUAUAAAUUAUUAUUAGUUACCCCUUUAAAAUGAAUUUUACAGUGCCAUUGGAAUCCUUGGGUAGACAGUAGGUCCUUAUAUCUGCGAAUAUGAUGGUCAGAAGAUUUCUAGUGUAAUCCAUACAUAUGUCUUGCAAAAUUCAUUUUAAAGGGUACUCAUAAUACUUUAUAGUUCAAUGUGGACCAUUUUAAGACUGCUUUUGGACUAUUUUAUUUACCCACACCUACUGUACAUUAUUGAAAACACUUUAUCGUCAUUCCUGUACUUUUCUUGCCAACAAAUUCUGCAGCGCUGUACAAUAUGUAAACUAACAAACAAGUAGUUGCAACAAGACGAAUUGGAUAUACAAGAAAUGAAGGUGCUGACGGCCCUGCUCAAACAAGUCACAUUCUAAGGGGAGUGGGUUAAAGUGACACCAGAGGUAAGGGUAAGAUAUAAUUCAAGUAUAGGGAUAAGUAGUUUACUAGAAGAGUUUACAAUGAAGGAUUAGUUUUUAUUAGAUAACAUGGUUGCAGUAGAUAAGGUGGGUUACAGAGUUAUUGAGAGUUAAAGCUGUUGGCAAUUUAGUAAACAUUUUUGAAUAACAUGAGUUUUCAGUGAUUUUUUUUUGCUGUUGAAGGAAUGGAGACUGGGUGAGAGUCUAAUGGAGCAGGGAAUGGAGUUCCCUAGGAACAGUACAGCCAUAGAAAAAAUCUUGAAGACGAGAGUCAAGUGCGAGUAUGAACAGAGGGUAGACGCAGGUUUUCGGCAGACUGGAUGGGACAUACUUGUGUAUUAGUGAAGAUAGCAGUGUUAUGAAUAAAUUAGUAAGCAAAGAACAGAAUUCUAAGGUGGGAGAUGAUAGUGGCAUGGAUGAGCACCUUAGCUAUAUCUGUUGUUGAGUAGAAGCAGAUGCAAGCUAUGUUUUUGAAAUGAAAGUGACAGGAUUUAUCAAUUAACUUGGAUGUGAGAUACGAUUCAAAAGGGAUGUAGAAAGCUGAGAAGACAGCAUAGGCCGUAUUGACUGAGAACAAAUACAAUUAAAGUGGAGCACUUGCGAACAGUAAAGCCUGGGGAUAGAACAUUGGGGAACACCAACAAAGUGGUAUUGCAGAGGAGAUGAAGAGCCAGAAAAGGAGAUACUGAAUUUUUUUUUUUGAGAGGUAGGAGGAGAACCAGGAAAAAGCAGAGCCUCAAAGACUAAGGUUGUGAAAGAUGGGCAGUAGUCUUAGAAGGUACCUAGCAGCUGUGGAGAGUAACUAUCUGAUUCUGGAGAAACAUGAAAAAAAUCAAAAGUAUAAUACCAAAAAAUCAAUUUCCAAUCUAUCAGAUUUAAGAACAAACUGGGUAGCUGGUCUGAUAACCAUUGAAGCUACACCAGCUUUGGAAAGAUAGUUAGAGCCUCUGAUGUAUGUUUCGCCAGUUGUGGCUCAUCAGAGGGGGGUGGCCCAUUAGUAUUAUAUGUUUAAAAAAAUGUUUCUCUCGAUUCAGGUAGUUUCUGUCCACACCUGCUAGGUACCUUCUAAGACUACUGCCCACUUUGUUAUUUCAGGAGGGGAGGAGUAUAGACUGGGGGUAUUCUCGAAGGCACAAAUGGCCAGAAUAGGUAUUCCCCCACCCCCCCAAUCCCUCAUAUAGGUGUGGCACCACAGCACUACAUUGGUUUUGUUUACCUAGAUCUUUGGUUCGCAGCUGUCAGAGUGGAGUGUUAGGUCAGCUCCAGUCUGCACUGUGCUUACUACCCUGUUGGUGCUCUUGCCAAUUAAUUAAGUGAAACUUUCCUUCCCCUUAUCACUGCUCUGUUUCUUUUCAUUGUUACUUUGUUUGCUAUUCUGUUAUACAGGCAGUGUAAAUCACAUUGUAGCAACAUCAAGGAGAUUUUUCACAUUGUUAUUGGUUCUGCAUGUACAUCAUUUUUUUUUUGUCUGUAUAUAUUUAGUUUUUAUCCAUACAAAUAAAAGAUACAUUUUAUUUUACUUUCAGAAUAUAUUUAGGUCCAAGUAGUCUUUCUGAGGUGGAUAAUAUUUAAGCAUAUACUCCUUUUCCACGCCCCUCAUUGUUCUUUUCUUUUAGUUCAUACGUGCAUCUAAUUAUGUAUUUUUAAAUUGGGAUAUAUCUAAAAACAGCUUGCCAAACUGCAGAUCUCUUGCCUGCUGCCUCUUCAAGCCCUCAUUUUCUAACCUUGCUCAGACUAUCCUUGACUGUCAAAUGACAGAUUUCUCAUUGCAGCUCAGUGAAAAAUCUUUGCAAGGCAUUUAUAAUUUAUUUAUUUUUCUUUUUCAUUUUAUCUCCACUAGGCAAAGUCAAAGCAAUAAUCCAGCUUGUUUCUAUGUUGUACUAAUAAUAUAUUCUAUAUAUCCAAUAACCUAUUUUGUUUUCUAAAUCUGUUAAAGGGACUCUCCAGUGCCAGGAAAACAAACCCGUUUUCGUGGCACUAGAGAAUCCUACAGUGCCUCCCUCCCUCCUGACCCCUUCAGACACCUGAAUCCUGCCCCGAUUUCCCUCAGCCCUGGGUCAGGCCCUGCCCAUGCUACUCCGCUGCUGACGUCCCCCAGCGGGGAAGAUCUAAUGCUCAAUGCUUUCCUAUGGGGAUUCGGCGACGCUAUUAUUAAAAAGUAAUUUAAGAGCCCGGAAGUCCCUCUAGUCGCUGUCUGAUAGACAGCUACUAGAGGUGGACUUAACCCUGCAAGGUAAUUAUUGCAGUUUAUAAAAACUGCAAUAAUUACACUUGCACGGUUAAGGGUGAUGGGAGAUUGCACCCAGACCACUCCAAUGAGCAGAAUUGUCAGGGUGCUUGGAGCUUAUAUUGUUCCCCUAGCCCAUUAGAUCACCGGCUCCCCGGCAUGGAGCUCCUGUUGGCCGCAGGAUCCGAGAGUGUGUUGCAGCCUCCCUCCCACCAAGAGACAGUCAGAAAGCAAGGGACAAAUCAAGUCUUCGAGUGUUUCCCCAAACUCCAUAUCUAUUACACUUGAAUCUGAGUCUGUGGCAGUAUUUACAACCUGAAGCAUACAUCUUUUAUGAAACAAGGAUGCAACACAGUUUGUGCUUGUGAAGUGAACUGUAGUGAUAAGCCCAGGUUAAAAUAUAUUUGUUGAGUGGCAUAGAGCAGAUUGUAGGCAAAUUAGUUUCUUAGAGGAAAGCACUAUCCACUCUUAAGCAUUUCAUUUCUCUAAACAUUAAGCAAUAUUUUUUAGGGGAGUUUUAAGACCCAUAAAAUUUAAGGAGACUACCAUAUUAACGUAUGUAUGGUGAGAGCAUGAUACACAGCAGACCACGGGACCAUGAACCUCAUAUGAGGAGCGCCUUUAACUUCCCCAGUUGUUUAGAUGGAGAACACGUGAUGGUAGAUGAGUAAGAAGGAGAAUACCAUUAAAUGAAAACAUUGCUCUUGUCCUCAAUGUACAAAACAGACUUUUUUAUGAAAGAGUUAAGGAAAACUCCACCAUAAACAGUGCCAUGUAGAGUUUUCUGAAUAUUAUGACUUUUUUUAAAGCAGUCAUGUCUUUAAGCUCAACCCCUCCACCCCUCUCCCAGCCUGUGACUCUCCCAUAUUUACCCACCAAGAUAUACAGUGAUUCUGGGACUAGUGCUGCUCACCUUUUUGUGGUUGUGGUCUGUCCCAACAUUCACAGCACCACUAUCUCAUCAUUUCCAAGAUGGUGGCCAAUGGAAAUCUCUGCCUUUUCUGGAGAGGAACCCCAGUGGCUUACUUAGAGCUGUAAGAAGUGAUUAUGCAAUAUUGUUAGAAGUGUAUGACAGAAGGAGAUAAAUAUUAAAGGAAAAUUGUCACCUGAAAACAAUGUUUUACUAUUACAAUCCUUUCAUAAAGUUUUGAAAGGAAAGAAAGGAAAUAUGUUUUUGUUUUGUUAAUAAAGUAUAUGUAAAAAAAAAAAAACCUCCACUAUUUGUCAACCUACAGUUUAUACAUAAGGAAAAGUCAACCCUACUUUUACAAAUUUAAUUUAAAGGGAUACUAGUGACAUCAAGACAUUUUAAUCUCAAUGAGGUUCCAUAGGGGCACUGGUAGAUCAACAUACAUAAAUUGGCGAGGAGGGAGAGUGACAGCUGCCUUACAUUUACCCACAAGUCAUAUGUAUUGUGCACGGUUUGUAUGUAUAUUAAAUAUGCCUUCACUCACAGUUUUUUGUUUUGUUUUUUAUUUCCCAUAGGAGUACAUCUGUUCGUGGUUUCUUUUGGAAACUCUCUUCGUUGAUACAGUGGUCAAUCUUCUCAUGUGCUGCAGUUGCUAUGUUCACAGUCAGUCUAGUGAGUGAGCUCACGCUACCAUUAACAUGUUUAUUGCCCUUUCCAACCUCCUCUAUUUUUCUUUCAUUUGGUCCACUGUUUUUCCUGCCAUUAAGCUUGUUCCAAUACAAACAAAAACUGUAGUACUCACCUUGUACAUUAUUCUGCCUCAUUUAGCAAUGUUUUCUUCCGCAGGUACCCUACACUUAUGUUGAGUAUGAAUCAAGUAGUCAUCUCUGGCCAUCUGUGCGGCAAGUGUUUAAGACCGUGGAUCGUUAUCAGUUGGCAAACUCAUAUGGUUUGUUUCGAAGGAUGACCGGCGUUGGAGGGAGACCAGAGGUUGUGGUGGAAGGAAGCUAUGAUAGUGAGACAUGGACGGUAUUGAUAUCUUUUAAAAUUCACAUAACAAAAAACAAAUAACAUGGUGCAGAUAGACCAUUGUGUGCAUUUGUAGACGUUUCAAUGGUUUGGGAGCCUAUACACUGCUUUACUGUAUGAGAUCCAUGGGAGGAGGGCAUUAUCCUAUGCAAAUUGUAAUAUCACAAAAAUGCCAUUUCACUUUUGCUGAGAGAUGUUUCAGCUUGCUUUAUUUAGCAUACUGCUAUAUAUAAACCAUGAGAAUGAAAGAUCUGAAAAUUGAGACAAUAUAACAGGGGACGAAAACAUUUGAUUUUAUUACCUAUUCUGCAUCUAGAAGGGUCAGUUAUUACAAUGUAUAUGUCCAUAUGUGCAUAUGGUGGUAUUUAUAAUAUUACUUGCAAAGUGUAGAUUUUUCUAAACAUUGCACAGUGGCACAACCUUCCUCCCAUUUUUAUUUAUUCAAUUAUUAUUAUCAUUAUUAUUUAAUGUUGAUUACUCCAUAAUCAUCCACCUUAUGAUCUCCCACUAUUUCCCUGUCAACUUGAUAUAAUAGUCUUUGUUCACCCUUUUUUUGUUACCCAAACACUGAGCAAAAAUGCAAUCCUAGAGGGGAUGAGUCUUCUGUCCAUGACACAUUGAAAUAAUUGCUGUACAGUCAAUUAUAUUAGAGAGUUCAUGUGCAGAUGGUAAUUGUGAUUCUGAGCUUCAUCACAUUGCUAGAGAAUCAAAUUUCUUAUAUGCUAGCUGUUGAAAAUCAGUUACUAUUCCUGUCCACAGUAUUUUGUAUGAAUUGAAACAAAUCCGUUUUGCUAAUAGAAUUUCCACUUCGAUAGCUUUGCUUUUGUUAAGGCAAUGUAAGCAAUUAAUCUGUGGUUCCCCUGCCAAGUCAGAGGCAAGAAAUGUUAAUAUAUAUAUAUAUAAUUAUUAUUAUUUUUUUUUAAUGAAAUAAAUGUGACUUGGCCCCUUUAAUCCUGUUUCUAGACAAUUAAUUAAACCAGAAUAUCUAAUAGCUCACCAUUUGCAAUAAUUUUACACGCUGUUCCUGUGCGUCCAACUUGUCUGGUUACAACUACAUGUCUGUUCGUCCACCCAUUGUAAAGCACUGCGGAAUUUGUUGGCGCUAUAUAAAUAAUAACAUAAUAUUAAUCACUAUUCUCUUACCAGGAGAUUGAGUUCAUGUAUAAGCCAGGAAACAUCAGUGUGGCUCCCCCUGUGGUUACACCCCACCAGCCUCGCUUGGACUGGCAGAUGUGGUUUGCAGCUCUUGGACAUCACUCACAGAGCUCCUGGUUUACGAGCUUUGUCUACCGCCUCUUACAGGGCAACAAAGAUGGUAAGUGGGGCAGAAACUAAAUUCAGUGUAACAAGAGUUAUGUGAUCCAUUUUGAGUUGUCUUAAAGCAAGCAUGUCCAACUCAAAUUCUAGCACAGGCCACAUAAACAAGGUUUAAGUUUAUGUGGACUGCGCAAAAAAAAAAAAAAAACCUUAAAUUUUCAUAGAAACAUAGCUUUGUUUUGAAAAGUACAGUAUAAAAAAAAUUCAGCAUCCCCCUCUGUACUAAAUCCCAGUCCCGUCCCCCCCUCUAUACUAAAUCCCAUUUCCCCCACUAAACCCCGGCCCUUGUAUUAAACAAAAAAACAAUAAUAGCCAACAAGCAGACUCCACUCACAUUGCCGCUGCCAGUAUGCGACUCUGGAGUCCAGCCUCUGGUAUACCUCCAAUGGCGCUGUCUGCACCCUGUGCCAAAGCGGAUCCUCCCGCUACUGCUUGAAAGGUAGAGAAUGUUGACGUCACGUCGGACUGUGACGUGGCAUUGCCUCCGUGCACCUCCAGGUCCUCCACUUUCCAGCCGCGGCCAUCACAACACUGACCAACACAUACUGACAGACACACACACUCUCUGACGGACAGGCGCACGCACUCUCUCUGACGGACAGGCGCACGCACUCUCUCUGACGGACAGGCGCACGCACUCUCUCUGACGGACAGGCGCACGCACUCUCUCUGACGGACAGGCGCACGCACUCUCUCUGACGGACAGGCGCACGCACUCUCUCUGAUGGACAGGCGCACGCACUCUUCUCUGCUCCCUCACGUGCGCCGUUUAGUGAUGCUGGGUGCCGGAAUAUGACGUCUUAUUCCAGCACCCAGCAUCACUACAGAGGGAGCAGUGAGGAGCAGGAAGACUGAGCUGCCUCGCUGCCGUCAGGGACCUCUCCUCCAGCCAGUACCGGGUAAAUUUGAGCAGAGUAGGCACCUGCAACAUAAGGAGAGUAGAUACCUACUCUGCCUUAGUAAUCAUGGCAAGCUCGCGGGCCGCAAGUUUGACAUGCUUGUCUUAAAGGGUAUCAAACGGACAGAUGAGCUGUAUGCAGCACUUAAAUUUAGCACUGCACAUAGCCCUUUUAAAUGGGGUCUUAAAUCCCACAGCUGAGCAACCAUGCCAAGCUGUGCUGAUUUGAAGCGUUACCCAAGUUGGAGACCCUGUCCGGGUCUACCUCAUGCUCCUGUAGGUAGACUUGAGAUGUAAGCUUGAUUAAACAGAGCUUUCCUCUACCUAUUGUUCUUGUAACAUUUUGUAAUUGUCUCAUUUAUUGUUAAAUGUUCCCCUUUUAUAAUAUUGUAAAGCGCCAUGGAAUUGGUUGGUGCUAUAUAAAUACCAAUAAUUAUAAACGCAUCAACACGUCACACAUUGCUAAGGGGGUUUUCUGUAUGUAGGUUUUGGCUAUUUGACAUCCAUUACAGGCCUAAUAUAAUUUAAUGUACCCUAACGCUCUUUCCCCUAUUUACUUUCUAUUAUUUCCAGUUUUGACACACUAUGUUGAUCAAACUCAGAAAUGGACAAAGCGUGUACUAAUUUGUUAAUUUGUAUUGUUUUUUGUUUGUUUUUUUAGUGUGUGGGUGUGUGUGUGUGUGUGUGUGUGUGUAUAUAUAAUUUCUAAUAAACAUUCUAUUUUUAUCCUCAGUUAUUCACUUGGUGCAGAAUGAUGAAUCCUUGUAUCCCUUCCAUGCACACCCCCCUAUUUACAUCAGAGCCCAACUGUACAAGUACUGGUUCACAGAAGCUGAUGAAACCGGGUGAGAAACUGUCUGUGCUCUUUCCUUGUAUGAUAUGUUCAGAAUUUGAAUAUUCAUUAGAUUAUUAUAUAAUGUAUUAUAACAAAGCCUAAAUUCAUAACAUCUGUAGACAGAAUUCUUGUCUUGAUGAACUCCUUUUAUUAUAUAUUUUUUCUUUCUUUCUCCUGCUUAGAUGGAUUUUGAAAGCAGGUUAAUGACCUACCUUGUCUAUUUUUUCCAUUUUAAAUUUCUUGAUAGAGUGAUAAAUAUCUAAAAUCUUAUCACAGUGAACACAUUAAUUAAGUUCUAACAUUUAGAAAAAUCAGGCAUCAUUUGUAGAUGUUGUAGCUAUAUUUUUGUUUUCGCUGCACCAGCUAUCUACAAACCCAGUUGCUGUUUCAUUGUUUCUGUCUGUACGGUCUACCUAUUAAAGAUAUAUCUUAAAGUCUUAUUUUGUAGAUCUGCUUCUGCUGCAUCGCCUCUCAUGCUCAAAUUUGUAUAUGUUUUGCAGACCAUUGUCCAAAAACUGGUGGCGCCGGCGUCAUGUGGAAGAAUUCUUCCCUACUGUGAGCUUAGGAGACCCCACACUGGAGUCCUUAUUAACAGAGCUUGGACUAAAGGUGUGUUUGUUCUGUCUAAGUUUUGACCCCGUUUUUGUUUUUUGCAUAAAUGUCUGUGAAUUAAAUGCCUUCUACUUGUUUAUUUGCCACUGCUUGAUACAGCUGACUUUUUGGCUUCCACUUUAUAUUUGUGCAGUAUCCUAGCUGUGUUGAUAGUAAUAGGUCUUGACAGAUCUUCCCAAGAUUGCAACAUCUACAGUGAGCAACCACAAAAAAUGUCUGAAAUCUACUUAUCCUUUUUCUCUCAUAGCUGCAUAUGGGUUAUUUUAUUAAGGUGUUAGAAGACUUCCUAUGCACAAAUUGACUCAUUCAUUGGUUUCAUCAAUGAAGCUAGUCAUGUCUGCAUGAUACAAAAUGGUGCACAAGCUCCCUCAUGAAAGAAUGUGUGCAAUCCCAAUACUUAGUUGCUGGAUGGAAGGGAGAGACAAAUCACAUUAUUUAUAGCAUCUGAAUGUUGUCUUCUCACUUAAGUGUAUCUCAUCGCAAAAAUUUCCUAAAAUGUAAAAAAAAAAAAAUACCCCAAUAUUUAUUAAUGCAUGUUCCCUGUGUACAGCAACCUUCUCCAAGCAUAUAUUCUUAUGCUGUUUUGGGUAUACCAAAUCAGUAACGUGUGCAUUACAUUUCCCAAACUUUACUAAGCCUAUAUUUCACCUGGGUCUAUUUUAUCAGGUCACCAUUUAUAGUGUUGUGCAGCCAAUUCUCCACAGAUCUGUUGCAAAAUUAGUUAAUAUGUUGUUCCUGUCUUUUAAACGCACAUUGCAGUGUUUGAGGAUUUUGUGUGGUCAUGUAUGUAUGUACAACUGCAGGUAGACCUAUUAUUUUUGAGUCCAUGUACAUUUAAAUGAAAGUUUCGGUGGGCUGGGCCGCAUGAAAUGAGGGCUCCGUGCUAAACUCCCUAAAAAGCAGAAAUCCUGACAAUUCUCUCAGACUCAAUCGCCACUAAACUACGGGGGAGAACUGGCAUUCGUCGUGCACUCCUUCAGUGAGCCUUCUGAGCCUGGACGGUCAAGCUACUCCUGACAGGGAAAUUGCGGCCUACAAACAGAGCCGAGUAUGGAAGAAACGGAUGAUCUCCCUGCUCCCCAUCCUGCCAGCACAAGCUGACGAAGCAGGAAACCCCGUCCCCCGCCCCCAUCCGGUGGGGGUCAUCCCAGCAAGUAAUAGCAACGGACUCUCAAUGCUUGUCAGUCCAAGCUGCACACACAGUCGUGCUACCUAGACCAAGAUGGCGGCUGUUGACCUUACUGCUGAGGCAAGCAGGCGGCACAAAACACUCUAACAGCGCCUGGACAACCUGUUAAACAGAUUCUGGCAGAAGCUGCUAAGCAAAACAGACUGAAACCUGCAGGAAAAGCAGAGACCAGUAAAGCAGAGUUACUCACUUCCCGACCAGCAACACCUUGUGGCGGGCAACAUACGGAAACCACUGACCCCUCACAAGAGUGGGAUGCCAUUGAGGAAGAAGCCACGUCUUACAUAAUCUAAAGCCCACAGCUGCUUUCCUGGGCUGAGGGCCUGGAGGGGGAACACCCGGAUGCCUAUCCCACCCACUCGGGUGGUGCGACCGCACACCACGACACCCCAAGAUAUUGCUUGCGGCACAGAAAGCGGCUCUAGCAGUGGGACUAGCACAUGGGCUCUGGCGGAGCGGUCAACAAAGUACUCAUAGCAUGGAAUCCAGACCUCCCAGUGGCAUCAGUUGAACAGAGACUCCACUGUCAGUAUCAUGACUAGAUAGGGAUUUCUGUUUUCCUCUCUGAGCUUAUCAGCAAUAUUGAAUAUUCCAUGGCUAGUGUGCUAGAUCGAUGUUAACUAUGACCUAGCAUGUUACCCCAUGUUUUUAUCAUUACACCUACUAUAAAUUGUUUACCUAGCAUGUAACCUAACGUGUAAGACUUACCAGUUUCAAUAGGGCCUUGCCUAUUGUCCCUGCAACAUAUUUUCAGUGGAAUAGACAUGUUUAUCUAACCUGGUGUGAUAAGGUGAAUUGUGUGGUUUGUGAGGGAGUUUAUAUUUCCACUACAUUGUUCAGAGAGGCAUAUGACAUUUAAGCCCAGGGGGAGUAUGUGUUGUGUGUGUGUGUGUGUGUGUGUGUGUGUGUGUGUGUGUGUGUGUGUAUAUAACUAAAUGUUUAGAUAUGGGCCCCUGGAGUGGAGCAUUCGGAGAGUAGGGUGGGCCAGAGCUCCACUCCUCAGUUUUUACACAACUCACAGAAAUAAGGUCCAGACCAGGGUUUUGGACUGUCUCCAACACACUGCUCAGCUGCAGCAGUGGGAAUAAACCCCUCCCUGCUAGGCAGGUAAAGUGAGAUUUUUGUUUCUCCCUUGGAGGGCUGGAAGCAGUAGGCUGACUGAGCACUGGAGUGCAGAGAGUUGACAAGACAUAGUGUAACCCUUGAGAGAUAGGGAAUUUGAUGUUAGUAGGCACUCAGACGAGCUAGGAUUUUGUUUACAGGGAUUUGUUAUAUUAUUGUUUCUUUCAUUUGCUGCUGUCUCAGUGGUGAAUUUCAACAACAAAAAUGCCUGGAUUUAUGUUACUUCAAAAGACUGUACAUGUUUGUACCUUAGAGGACCGUGCAAAUUGCUAUAAAGGAUCACAAUAGUUCUCCUGAUUAGAAUAUUAUUUGUCAGCCUCGCAUGUAACCUAACAUUAUCCACCAGUUUCAAUCAUGUCUUGCUUACCGUCUCUGUAGCGUAUCGUCAGUGAAUUACACGUUUACCUUCCAGACUUAUUCUGUUAAUGCAAGUUACCUAACUUGACUCUACUUACUAAAAAAGAAUCUGUGUUGUUUAACACUCAGCAUGAUUAAUUUGCAAUAUCUUGCUCAUGAAAAGCACCGUUUGAGUAAUCUUUCAUUAUUCUUUAACCCUCGCCUGUGUUAUUAUGCUUACUUACUGUAAAAAUUUUGCAUUUUAUCCUGGGAGUGUACUCCAAACUACGCUGAUACCUUUACUAUGUAUUACCUUGCAAUAACUCAAUAAAGAUUGACAUAAAUGAAAGCUUCGCAAUGGCUGUUUGGACAUAUCUAUCAAACUAUAUAUAGUAUUUUUAUGAUUAUGGUCUAAAACUUACCACCAUCCCAUUAAUGAAUCUCCAAAAACAUCUUACAUCAAGCAACCAUAAUCAUAUAAAAGCAAUUAGUUCCUAGUUUAAGUAUAAAAAAACUUCUACUCUAGAUGUUGUAAACUACAACUCCCUUGAUGCUUUGCCAGCAUUAUCACUGUAAUAGUAUUAUGGGAGAUGUAGUGCACAACAUGUGGAGUGCCAAAGGUUGCCUAUCCUUGUGACAUAAUUGGAAGAAAAAAACUGUUCCAUAUUGCUAUGCUUGAUCAAUAUAAUUGUCAUCAACGGGUUAAAGGAUGCAUCCUUUAAGACUAGUGUAGGCAAAUGAUAGACUACCUGCCUUAGGGUGCUGAACUGGACCAUCUAACUUGACCACAAUUUACAAAGUGGGUGGCAUAGCAUUUCAACCAAUUUUUUAAAGGCGAAGAGCAAAAUUAGUGCAGAUUCUAUCAUAGGAAAAUAAAACCGAUGUCAAGAACAUCCCUGACAUGCAGAAUUUGAUACUAAGAAAUAAAAGAUGUUUAAAGGCUUUCUCUUUAGAGCUGUACAUAAUCUUUAUGUAUCCCUUCUUGCAGGACAAGCCACCUCUUCGUCGGUCCUUAGAUGCUCCCCUUCCUUAUACACUCAAGCUCAUCAGAGAAUUCCUUAAUUCUUUUUCUGCACCCUUACUCAUCUAUUCACUCAUUGUGACAGUCUUCAUUAUUUCACUCUUCCAAUAUUUGCUAACUGGGAGACGCAAGUUAGGGCAUCCCAAACAGCGAAGUCAUGACAAGUCUCACACUGAGAAGAAAAAACAGAAGGGGAGCAGUGGACAGGGGGAAUCUGCAAAGACCUCUGGCCAUGCAGGAGACGCAACACGCAGAAACAAGAAGAGUGAAAAGAGUUAAUGAAAGCAGGAGUCAUACUCUCUUCCUUCCACCUACCACUACUGUUCAUUAUCUGGUAAUGAUGGGAAGGUAACACCAUAUUACCAUAAGGUGUCCUGUUUUGGGGUGAGUUUGUAAGAGAUAUUUGUUCUACAUGUGUCAAUAUUUAUCUGAAAUCCCUAAAAGACCCACAUCAGCACACACGUUCUUGAUAUUGCCAACUUCAAAUGACCCCUUUUGUGGAUCCAUUUUGUUUUUACAACAUUUUGUAGAUAAUUGAACUUUAUAUAGGUUAUGUUAAAAAUAAAUAUUCUCACAUUUUCUUUAAGUUAAUUGACAUCAAAGAUUGGUGACAUCUCGAUUCUUUUUAUACAAAUGAACUUCCAACUACAUUGGCUCAGAACUUGCCAGAACAAUAAUCUGCAUAUGUGUUGAAAUAUCUGUAUUUGAACUGUAAUAAAAUAUUUCCAUUGUAUUUUUAAUACAGUUUUUAAUUAUCUGCAAAAUGUUGGUGUUAAAAAGAGACUGUUAUGAGUCUGAUAUAAUCAUCCUAAAAAUGGAUUGGUUCCUUUGACACUGAUUGCACCCUUCUGACCUAUUUUAUGUAUAUUUUUGCUUUGUCAAGCAGGCAGACAUGUUUUUUUUUUUAGCUUUAUUGAUCAUGCCAAAUCAAAUUGGUCCUAAAAAUGUUUGUCAUGUUGAAGAUCCUGCUUUUGUUUUGCUGCCAAACUGAUGUUUAUCAGGAAAAAAUUUACUGUACUUGAGGUUCGGGAAGAAGAAAUGUGUGAAAGCCUAGAUGAUUGUUUUUUACCACUUGUUGGCCAUGAGCUUGUCCAUGCUGUUUUUCAAAAUAUCCAAUCAAGUGACUCUAUGAAAGUGCCUUGUUAGACAGGAAUAGAUAAGAUCCUGUGACCACGUGUUCUGUAGGUGCCUUAUUGUUGUAGUGGGUGAUCUCCAGGUUUAAAGAAACUUUACAAUAAGGGUUAUUGGCACUGGUGUGUGUUUGUAAGAUGAAUAUACUCUAGUAAUGGUUUUCUUUGCCCUUGGAUAGACAAAGCUAUGUCUAACCUAAUUUCUACAGCAGUAUCUGAGCACCGUGUACUUUUGGUAAAGCUGUAUUAUCAUAACCUCAUACCUUCCACUAAAGGUUUACUAAUUGGCAAUUAAACCAAUGUUAAGAGAUAGUCAGACUGGAGAGCAGCACCACUAAACAGAUGUCCUCAUCUAUCUGCAACAUAUGCCAGUGUUAAUAAUCCUUACAAACAUGCGUCCAAUCACACAAUUCUGUUACAUGAAUGUUCACUAAGUGUAUGUCUGAUCCCCAUAUUAUUUCCAAAGAGGCUUUUGUCAAUUGGUAUUUUAUGCACACGAUUUUGUAUUUUUUAAUAAAUCAUUGUUUGCAUAUGUGCGUCACUUUUGUUGAAGCAGUCUGUGUGCUUUAUUUCACGUUUGAUAUAGAGAUUCACCCUAGAUUUGGCAUUUGAAUUUGACAUUUUAAAGACAACAUAGCUGGAAUCUAGCUGAAAAGAGAAUGUAUUGCAACUUUAGGUAGUCUAUGAAACCUGUAGUUAAAGUGGUAACUCCAAUGUAUGAAGGGUCACCCAUACUACACAAUAGUAAGGAAGAUCUGGCAGAGUGGUAUAUAACAACCAUUAUUUGUCCAUGCUUUGGAAAUCUGACAUUGACGGACCAUUGGACAGAUUGCUCAGCAUGAUCAUUUAUGAUGUUUUGUUUAUUCCGUGAGGGGGAUUUGGGUAUUUCCCCUUUAAUUAUGUAUUUCUUCCAUGCUAACAAUAGAUCAUGUCAGAUGCUUUUACCCCAAAGCAGUACUGCCCUUUUUUCUGACUGAUGGAAUGUGAGUAUAUUGGUUUAGCAACUGAAAUGGAACCUUGCCUAAAGGAUUACUCCAAGCACCAUGCCCAUGUCAGUGACAUGAAGUGGUAAUGGUGGCUGGCAUCUCUAUGUACAGCAUUUUGUCGCUUUGGAUAGAAAAAACCCUCUGCUGCCUGAGGUGUAACUGCACCUCCAGCGGCAAUAGAGAUGUCAUCAUCCCAGCACUAGAGUUCAAGGCUUUCUAAUGUCAAAUCUGGGCAACUUUCAUGGCACUGAAUGACAGUCAUUUGCUCUCAUCCAAUGAAUAUCGACUCCCGUGGCUUCCGGCCUCUGCAGCCCUGGAAGGGCAUCAUUGGACCUCCAGGGUGCAUCGGAUCCCAGUGGGGAUCCGGGUAAAGGACCAAACUGUUUAACUUUUGCACCUUAACUGGGCCGUAGUACUCCUGGCAUCAUAACCGCCACCGAGGGCUGUAGUGGUUAUAAUGCUUGGAGAAACUCUUUAGUUCUGCCUAUUGUUAAAGAUCACACUCUAGAGUUUAGGCCCUACUUUUUCUUAUCUAUAAUAAAACCUUUAAUGUUAAUGUAAAAAGUUGAAACAGAAGGACAACAAGGAUGAAUAAUAAAAAAAAAAUAGAGGGAAGUGACUUGUUUUAAUGAAGAGUAAAUAUUUGAGUUCUAAUUCUGUACGGUAUAAAUUUGUGUAAGAAAAAAUGUUUUGUUUUUUAUUUAACUUUUAUUUUCAGGAUCCCAUUAGUUGAUGAUGAGCUGUGAGGCAGGUUUUGGGGAAACUGUAUGGGAACUUACUUAAAAUAAAUUAGAAGAAAAAGUCUUCCUAUAGAGGGUUUUCAUACCUAUGUGAAUUUUGCCAUUACUGUCUCCAUGCAGAAAUGUUGACAAUUACAUGAAAUGGUCAUAGAAGUUGAUAUUUAAUAUUAACUGGAUAAACCUGUUUCCUUGAUGGUUAGUGUGGGUGAUUAAUUCACAACUUCUCAAAUCUUUAGGCAAAAAUCACCAGCUCAUAAUCCUUGGGCAGUAUUUAUCUAUGAGAUUCUGGUAAUAUGGCCGCAGGUUCUCCACAUCUGGCAGUUCCUCUGUCUUUGUGUAAAGAUCAAACUUGCUGUAGGAGGCAGAUAAGAACAGAAUCAGCACUGAUAGUUCAUACAUAUAUCUGUCAUAUAUAUAUAUAUGAUCACUUUUGGCAGUUGCUGAAUAAAG